UCCUAUAAAAGAAACAAACAAAAACGUAAAGUAUCAGUCAGUGAGGCUCAUUAGCAUGUGACUGCAUGUGAAGUUCAGUCUAUCUCACACCUGACUCCACCUGCAGAGGAGGAGUGAUUACGUCUGAGUGAAAAUGUAAGCAUGGGCUGCUCCAUAUGGCCUCAGCCUGGUCUGAAGAGGAGACCUUUGUCUGCUCAGUAUGCCUGGACACCCUGAAGGAUCCGGCCACUCUACCCUGUGGACACUCCUACUGCUUGGCUUGUAUCCAGAGCCACUGGGACAAGAGAAACAGCAAGGGUCAGUACAGCUGCCCCCAGUGUAGGCAGGUCUUCAACCCUCGACCCUCGCUGGCCAAGAGCACUGUGCUAGUGGAGGCUAUGGAAAAACUGAGAACCAACAGCCACCAGCAACGCCCCUCCACAGCUGUCUCCUCUGCCCCACCAUCGAUGCCUAUGUACCUGGAGGUCCUACCAGAUACAGGGCCUCGGCAGGGCAGCAUGUACCCUCAGCUUCCCACGGUGGACCCCAGAACCUGCCCUCAACACAACCGACCCCUGGAUCUGUUUUGCCAUGAAGACAAGGAGUGCGUGUGUGAGGUGUGUUGUCAGGAUGGACACAACGGACAUCGUGUGCUCAAACCACAGCAAGCGAGGAAGGAGAGACAGAAAGAGCUUGUUCAGAUGCAGGUAGACAUACAGAAGAGAAUCCAGGAGACUGACAAGAAGCUUAAGGAGGUCCCACAUAUUUCUCGCCAACAAAAGGCCUUGGUACAGGCUCUAGAGCAAGAGAGCACAGAUUUAUUCUCAGAGCUUGUCAAGAACGUGAAUCUAACAGGCACCGAGGUUGGUGAGCUACUCAGCACCCAUGAGACCUCCUUAGGCAGCCAGAUCGAGGGGCAUAUCCACAGACUGGAGCAGGAGGUGGCACAGCUGCACUGGAAGAGUGAAGAGCUGAGCAGGCUGGCCAACAUGCAGGACCACAUCUGUUUCUUGAAGAAUUUCCUCACCAUGGAGCCGCUGGGUCAGUCUGGUGCCACAAGAGAGUCAAUACUGAGUCAGGAGGAAGCGGUGGUAGCCUCCAUCCGCUCAGCCAUCAGAGAACUACAAGAGUCAAUACAGGACCUCUGCAAAGCCAGCCUGGCCAAGAUCAUCACAUUAGUGAAUCAUGAGCCAGUGGCUUCGACACCCAAUGGUGCAGCAGCAGGCACUACAGCAGCUGAUAACAGCGGUCAGGCCACCACACAAAACACAGUGUAUGAGAUGAUGACAGACCCUCCACCUCUGCCACCUCCACAUCCUCAAGCUUCAGCCCCCUCUCCACCCUCCCCUCCUCAUCAACCUCAAGUGGGACUUGUUAAUCCAGAACCAAAGACAAGAGGAGAAUUGCUGAAAUUUCGCUUCGAACCCACCAUGGACCCCAACACGGUGUAUCGCCACGUACAGCUGUCAGAUGGAGGUCGUAAGGCCACAAUGCGGGCUGAGAACCUGAACCCACCAGACCAUCCUGAACGCUUCCACUUCUGGAGACAGGUUCUCUGCAGAGAGCCCCUGGCAGGGAGCCCUUACUACUGGGAGGUGGAGUGGACUGGCCAGAAGAUCACCAUUGGCGUGGCCUACAAGGAGAUGGAACGUAAGGGUUCUGAUGACAAAAGCCGUUUGGGCCACAAUGCUCUGUCCUGGAGCUUGUACUGGUCCGGGAACGGCUUCUCCUUCUGGCACGAUGGCCAGGAAAAACAGCUGGGCUCACCUAAGGCCCGACGGAUUGGCGUCUAUCUGGACCAGCAUGCAGGGAUUCUGGCCUUUUACCGCAUCACCAAUAACCAAGCUGAUCUCAUCCACCGUCACCAGACCCAGUUCACUGGCCCACUGUACCCAGGGAUCAGGUUCUGGGCACGAAUAGGGACAACAGUGACUGUUUGCCAGUUGGAUUGAGUUGUAUAUCAAUGAUGGGCUGUUGUUUUUUUUUUAUAUAUAACCUGCUUGUCUGGUUGGAAGCAAGUGACACAUUGAAAUAAUAAGGAAGUAAAUGUGUUCUUGCUCUGGAGAUCCUUUUAGUGAGUUAACAAAAAUGUUCAGGAAUGUCUGGUUUUCAUAAUAUAAUAUUCCCUUUGCACCAGCCUUCAUUAAUGUGAUGUAAAUGGACUAAAAAUGCCUUUGUAAGUUAAUAAAGUUUUACAAAUUUU